CGCGGGCCCUGGGAGGGGCGCCCGCAGCCAGCCGCGCAGCAUGCACUGGGGGGUUGGCUUUGCCUCGUCCAGGCCGUGCGUGGUGGAUCUGAGCUGGAACCAGAGCGUCUCCUUCUUCGGCUGGUGGGCCGGGUCCGAGGAACCCUUCUCCUUUUAUGGGGACAUCAUCGCUUUCCCUUUGCAGGAUUACGGUGGGAUCAUGGCAGGGCUGGGCUCCGAUCCCUGGUGGAAGAAAACACUUUACUUGACCGGGGGAGCUUUGCUGGCCGCAGCUGCGUAUCUGCUCCACGAACUCCUGGUCAUUAGGAAACAGCAAGAGAUUGACUCCAAAGAUGCUAUUAUUUUGCAUCAGUUUGCAAGACCUAACAAUGGUGUCCCCAGUUUGUCUCCUUUCUGUUUGAAAAUGGAAACUUACUUAAGGAUGGCUGACUUACCCUAUCAGAAUUAUUUUGGUGGAAAACUCUCUGCUCAAGGGAAAAUGCCUUGGAUUGAAUAUAAUCAUGAAAAAGUUUCUGGCACAGAAUUCAUAAUUGACUUUCUGGAAGAGAAACUGGGAGUGAAUUUAAACAAAAACCUUGGUCCUCACGAACGAGCCAUCUCCAGAGCAGUGACCAAGAUGGUGGAGGAGCACUUCUACUGGACGUUAGCUUAUUGCCAGUGGGUGGACAAUCUCAAUGAGACCCGGAAGAUGCUCUCUCUUAGUGGUGGCGGUCCCUUCAGUAACCUGCUGAGGUGGGUCGUGUGCCACAUAACGAAAGGAAUUGUGAAGCGCGAGAUGCACGGCCACGGCAUUGGCCGCUUCUCAGAGGAGGAGAUUUACAUGCUGAUGGAGAAGGACAUGCGGUCCUUGGCAGGGCUCUUGGGUGAUAAGAAGUACAUCAUGGGGCCCAAGCUUUCUACUCUCGACGCCACUGUCUUUGGACACUUGGCACAGGCAAUGUGGACCUUACCUGGGACGAGACCUGAGCGGCUGAUCAAAGGUGAGCUCAUCAACCUUGCCAUGUACUGUGAGAGGAUAAGGAGGAAAUUCUGGCCCGAGUGGCACCACGAUGAUGACAACACCAUCUACGAGUCUGAGGAGAGCAGCGAAGGCAGCAAAACCCACACGCCCCUGCUGGACUUCAGCUUUUACUCAAGGACCGAGACCUUUGAAGACGAGGGAGCAGAGAACAGUUUUUCCAGAACCCCGGACACGGAUUUCACCGGACACUCGCUCUUUGAUUCUGACGUGGACAUGGACGACUACACAGACCACGAACAGUGCAAGUGACAUCCAGCCUCGCUGACCCUCUUCUGCCAGAGCUGCCACGCCCUGGGGUUGGUCCAAUUUCCCAGGAAGAAUUCCACCUGAGCUGGGAGGAGAUCUUCGUGCUUGGCACACUUCUCACGAGCUAACUGGACGAUAGCAGCCUUAUUUCUUUUUGUACGAACGAAACACAGAACCAUUCAGACGGCUCCAUUUAAAACAAACAGGAAAAAAAAAUGUCAGCAUGGUUCCUGAAAUCCAUUUUUGUUUUCAUUAGAAAACUAACGUUGUGUGAUAGAGCAGGUGUGAGAGCAGGCUGUCUAUAGAUCGUGUCUGUGUAGAUCCUCUUCAACCCGAGGGCUUAGUCGUGAGACGGAUUUGUGAACAUCCUUCAUCCACCUGGGUUCAAAAUAAUGAGAGAGAUCAUUGGGAGAAACGUUCAGGAGACAGAUGUCCUAUGGUGGUUGCUUGUAUUUCGUGUGUGUAUAUUGUAUGUUGAGAUAAUUCAAAUAAAAUCCAUAGAUAUUUGGUGAACACCUACUAUGUGCGAAGCACUGUGCUAGGUGCUAAUCAGCAUAAGAUUUAUUCUCAGUCCUGCCAGUGACUAGCUGUGUGAUUUCGGGCGAGUCCCUUAAUUCUUGUGUGCCUCAUUUCCCCCACCUGUAAGGUGGGCCUAACAGUACUCUCCACCUACCUACCUCACAGGGGUGUUGUGAGGAUUCAUGUGGUAGUAUUCGGCACUUUAACCCUCUUGGAAGAGGUGUGACAUAAACACAACAUUAUUUUUUACUGUGCUUCCUACGUAUGAAGAUUUGAGGGCAAAGGAAUUCCAUGUCCAGUCAACAGCAGCCAUAGUCACUCAGAAAAGCCAAGCAGACGAAAUGCACGCAAAAACGCAGUUAGGAUUUGGUUACCAUUCUUCUCUGUGAUCUUGCUUGAAUUGAAAUCUUUUAUUGAAAGACCCUUGAAACUACUUCCACAGAUCAUCAACGGCCAUACACAGUCUUCAGUGCUGUGUAUUUGCAGACGUCUUUCUUUCGUUGCCCAAGCGCCUGCUGGAAUGUUGUCCUUUGUAGACUCCCGAGUGUUAAGUUGCCCGUGUUUGAUUUAUUUGAAGGGAAUAAAGCUCAGGAAUAUGAGGAGUUUCACAGAGGUGAAGGGAAAAGGAUUUGACUGAUUUUUCUAAGUAGAUGAUAACCAACUUUUAAUGUCUUUUUGAAAAUGAAUCGUGGAAGAUGUAUUGAAAAGAUGGAGUAUGAAGAGGAUCAUGUUACAGGUGUCAAAGCACUCUGUGCAGUGUAGACUCUAUGCAGUUUUACUGAUGCAACUUUUCUGGCGUUCUCAGCCAUUGCCCCAUGAGAGGAAGGUGAUGCUGGGGACAAAUCUCAUGUUUGAGCCGCCCUGUGCUCCCUCUCCUUCUCUGUAGAGCACACGGACGUUUGGGGGUACUGUCUUUACUAAAGCGCUCUAUCUCUGAAGACAUCUUUUUUGUUGACUUAGGACAUUUUCCGGUGAAACACGGGUGAAGAUGCUGGGGUGAAGGCCAUGGAUUUGGGCUAGGAGAGUUGGUGUUACAAUUUACAACCGCAAACAGAGCGGCUUUGCUUCCGAUCACAACGGACUCACUGGGUAAUGGUUAUUCAUGGUGGGGACAAAGAGGUAUUUUUUUUUUUUUAAUAAGACAGCAACUUCUGUUGAGAAGUUCAUGUACUUUGCUUGAAAAAGACUCUCUUUGAAUAUGGCUUUUGCAAAAACAAUCCUAAAAUGCUGCGGAUUCACAAAGAGGUAAAGGGGGAGAGUUGCUGAGGCUGUUUACCAUUUGGAGCCACAGUGUAGGACCCAUGUAACAGGAGCAGACACUGAGAAACCUCAGUGAGAGAUUCUCAUUGCACUGGAAACUCAGUUGUUAGUUUCUUAUUAAAAGCAUUCAUCUUUGA